AUGAAAGCUUCCACAAUUAUCGGGCUCUUUAUUGCUGUCACUACUGCCAGCGCAAUUCCAGUGCAACCAAGACAUGACAAUGUUGAAAUUGUGUUCAUUGGCGCAGCAGAUGCCCAAUUCACUCAAAGCUUUCCAAGUGAUGGCUCUGUUGUCUCGAUUAACAACCCACUGAGUAUCUCACACAUCUCGUCUAGCACAGGUGGUAUCCAAUGUACCUUCAAUGGUAUUGACCAUAGUGUUACAACCGUCAGCGGAGCGGAGACGGUUGAUGUUGGCCCUCCGCAGACCCAGUUGACUGGAUCUUGCUGGAGCCAGGAAACCGAGUCCACUACUCCACCUGAUAACUCCGCCGGAGGCAUGGUUAGUGUCAUCUUCAUUGGUGCUGCUGAUGCUCAGUUUGAGCAGAGCUUCCCAGUGAAUGGCGAGUGGAUUUCAAUAACUAAUCCCUUGAGUAUCUCUCACAUUCAAUCGACCACUGCAGGUGUCACUUGUGUGUUCAAUGGCAUUGACCAAAGUUUGACUACUGUCAGUGAUGGAUUGGUUGAUGUUGGACCUCCCCAGACCCAAGUCUCAGGUUCCUGCAGCAUGUGA